AGAUUUUAAAAAUCAACAUGAAAACCCCAAAGGCAGCAGAUGUCAAAAAGGGGAUAUCAGUGCUGUGGGAGACCCUGCAGUGUCCCAUAUGCUUGGAUUUAUUGACAGCACCGGUAUCAACUAAGUGUGACCAUCAGUUUUGCAAAUUUUGUAUCGGGAAACUUUUGGACAACUCGAAACAAAACCGAGGCAACUGUCCAGUUUGUAAAUCCAAGAUCACAAAAAGGAGCUUGCAGGAAAGCCCUGGCUUUCAGAGACUUGUAGGAGGAUUGCAGGACAUGAUUCAAGCAUAUGAACAUGACACGGGCACAAACUACUUCACCGGAAUGAACCUGGAAAAAAAAACAACAGGUAUCUCUGACGCUGAAGCCUCCACACUUCCUCUACAUACGUCGCCUGAAGCUACUCCUGUCACUGACAUUGACGAGGUGGAGAAUGCAGAGCAUGAUGAUCUGCCAAGGUCCCACUCUUCAACCAUUGCAGCCCAGAUUGGAUUUGCAAGACUAAUGGGACUUGAAGACUUAACUUCUUUGACGACAGAAAACGAAGGCCUGGACAGUGGCCUUGGUGAUGCCCCACCAACUUCAGACAAGAAAGUGCGCAGCUCGACAGAUAACUUGGAACCAGUAGAAACAGACGUGGCUGAUGCUAUGGAAAAGACAACAGGCAAAACUAGAGGCAAAACUAGAGGCAAAACAAGGUCUAGUAAAUUAAAGAAUACCUCUCUUCAUCUGCUAGCAACUCCAGACGAGACCGACUGUCAACCAUUAAGAAAGUCCUCGAGGAAGAAGCAUAAAAAGAAACCGGAGCCUGACAAGAUUCUUGAGCAAAAACACAAGAAAAGUCUAGAGAAGGUUGCAGAGUGGCUCAUGAAAGUUCCAACAGAAGAAAGUCUAGAGCUAGAAAAAGCAGACGAAUGCGAUAACCAUUCUGACAGCGAUUCUUCCUCUUCAACAAUAGAUGUCAAACUACACAGAAGUGACGUAAAUCCUAAGAGAGAGGAUCGUGCGAAAGCCCUUGAAGCGCACGUGUUUGGAGCCGUCUACACGCGAGACAGAAGAGGGAAGAGGAGCACUUGUCCUCCACUUCAAGCACAAAUGGCAAGAAAACAGAAAACAGGCUUUGAAGAUGAACAUCAGAGCGACUUGGAGGAAGAGCAGUCACUAGCAGACGAAGUACAUGACACGAGCAGCGAAGUUUCCGAAGAAGCCGAACCGAUGGAAGGUGUUGAGGAAAAUGAUGUUGACAAAUACAGGGAAGAGUUGCUAGAAAGUGAAAAAAAACAAAGCAAAGAAGAGGAACCUUGUCCUGUGCCUGCUUUACAACAACGGCCAGAAAGAAAUUCUAAGAAAAGAAUGCAUGAGGCCCCGCAGCAGGUUGACAGUGAUCUAAAGGAGCAGGCUGAAACAAAGUUAGAAACAGCUGAGCAAAAGAAGACUGACAAGAAGAAAGGCAAACCAGCUAAAGUGCCAAAGCCUCUUGUUCUGGUCGGUGUUCAAGCUGGUGAAACUAGUCCAAAGACCAGACUAAGAUCAGAAGAGGUUCAGGUACACAUUGAGAGCUAUCCCAGCAGUGAGGAUCAAGAAACCCCUCUCAUGAGGAGCAGGAGGAGAAGCAGAAGGCUUCAACUUUUAACUGAAGAAGUCCAGGAAGGACAGAAGAAGGUAAACUUGAAAGCCAAGGCCGCGGAAAAAGACGACGGUGUUGGAAAGCAAUCGGAGAAAGUUAACGGUGAAACUGAAUUGGCUAAGAAUGGAAACGUGACAAAGCUGAUGAAAAGAAACGGAUGUAUUUAUGAUCAGGAAUUAGGAGGAAUUGAAAUGAUGGAGUUUGAGAGAACAUCUCACCAAGAACAGGAGUCUUUCGCUGAAGUGCCCGAUGCUGAAGCUCUGCCUGAAGCCAGUGCUGUUUGUUAUGGCCCUGCAGUCCCAGCUUCUGCAAGUUCAGAAGAACCGACUGUGGUGUAUCCAACACUUGAAAGUAACAGUCAGACCAGUGAAUCACUCAAAGAUAAUGAGUCUGAACAGUCAGCUUGUGAGUCUAAACAUGCUAUAACAGAAACAGAAAAGGAGGAGGACAAGAACGACAGCGAGCUGGACACAGAGCAACUGCUGCGGAGCUUUAAAUCCACUAAAAGGAAAUCUUUCCAUCUCGGUGGUCCUUGUGUGAAAAGAAGCCGUAGCUCUGACCAAGGAAGUUUGCAAAGCACUGAAAUUAGGGGGGACGAAUCUGCAAAAAAGAUCAGUACAAAGACGUAUGAAAUUUCCAAACAGGAAUCAUUAAAAUCAUCCUUAUUGUGUGAGGAUUUGAUCUCCCCCUCUAACUCACUUACCCUAGUAAGAAAAAAAGUUGAGAAACCAGAUCAGGUGGUGGCUGAAGCCAUGGGCCCUGUCAUCAUUUGGUCAAGUCAGGAUGGUGCAGCUACUAUCGGUCUCUCUGGGUGUAGCAGUGCCCUCAGUCCUAAUAAAGUAUCAAAAUGUGAGAAAGAAAGUCCCCAUCUUUCUGCCGUCCCUCAAAUAAUAGAUUCCGGGCUCCGCUUCGUUAACCGUGAGGAGCUACAUGAAGCUUCGGAGUACUCUCACAUCUCCAACACCCAGUUUGAUUGUCCAAAAAGAGAUGCUGAGAAGUGGAAGGACACAACAGACGCUGUUGAAAAACACCCAGACAACACGUGUGAGGAUAUCUUACCUGCAGACUCUUUAACACCUGAAGGCCUGGUAACACCAGUCAUCCAAAUGAAUGCCAACGAAACAAAGAUAAACAACAGUGGUAGUGCAGAGCCCAGCUCGCACUCCUCCAUCAACAGCAACCCAAGAAGAAAAAGAAAGACACAAAGGCUGGAGUCUUCACCCGAGUCUGAUUGCAGUGGAUCCAGAGAGGACUUACCGAGUUUGUCUCAAUUUCUGGGGAAGUCAGCUCUUCCAGCUGCUGUGGCUCAGGAGCAGCCAGACUCCAGUGAAGCUGUUGAACGGUUGUGUCGCCCCCCCUCGUGCCCGAGCCCGGACUUCGUUGAGUCCAGCCAAGCGUCUGUGGACUUGUUUGGCACUCCAGAAGAGUGUGAGGUCCCAGUAAAUGACAAUAGUGUUUCCAUGGAGAUCGUGGAGUCGUCACAAUUUUCAAGCGAGGUCCAGGUAAACACACAGCAAAAGAUCCAAAUGCAGAAGGAGCUGGUGAGGCUGGAGAAGUUGAUGGCUCUGGUGUCAGAGGUGCUUCAGGAGAAAGAGAGCAGUCCUGCCAAAGAAACAAAUCAAGGCAGCAAAGUCACAGGCCCAGAGACUGACAGGCCUGACCCCAGUUGCAAGGACACAUGCCAAGUUUCAGAGCAGCAGAAAGGUGUUCAAGAUGCGGAGCCAGAGCCCAGCACAAGAGCGUCUGACAGCAGAGAAGUCGUCCAGCCCAGCGUGACAAAGCGUGGCGGCAAUUCAGACAUGACUGUGCAGCGUUCCACACACGCGGGGCAGAGCACACAAGCCACUGAAGCCUCCAAGACGACGAUUUCGCAUGCAGCAGCAAAAACACCCAAGAGCUGUAGUUCACUGUCAGAUGCACAAGCAGACAAAGAAAACACCACACCCCCGAAAGACGGAGGUAAAGCUAAGCUGGUGCUGGUGUCAUCUGGAUUAGGGCCCAGUGAGCAGGUAAUGGUGAAGAGGUUUGCCAAGCGAGUUGGGGCCCAUGUGGUUUCUCAGGUGACAUCAGAGGUGACCCAUGUCAUCAUGUGUACAGAUGAACAGCUGGUAUGCGAGCGCACUCUGAAAUACUUCCUUGGCAUUGCAGGCAGGAAGUGGGUCGUGAGCUUCCAGUGGAUUACCGAGUGCUUCAAACAAAAGAAACUCCUCGACGAGAGUGUCUUUGAAGUGAAAGGUGAUGUCGUGAACGGGCCAAACCACCAAGGCCCCUCGAGAGCUCGGACCACUGAGGACAGUAAUCUGCUCAUGAAAGGCUACGCCAUCUGCUUCAAGGGGCCGUUCACAGACAUGACUACAGAUGAAAUGGAGUGGAUGGUGGAGCUCUGCGGUGCAGCAGUAGUGAAAGAUCCACUUCUCCUCGACAGUAAACAGAAGUCUCAUCAGCUGCUUAUUGUCCAGCCUGGACCGGAGUUGUUGUCGUCCGCAUACAGCAGUCUCUCCAGAGAAGCCACUGUUGUGACGCGUGGUUGGCUCUUGGACACCGUUGCAACCUACACCCUUCAAAACUACAACCGCUACUCGCUGUGACGGUGUUUUAUACUUGUACUGUUUUCCACCUCUGUUUUAUGGCCACUACAAUAAAUAAACAUGUUAAUAUUGA